UGGCUGGCUAGCUGUGGCUGCGGCUGCGGCAUCUGCGCGCGCGGCGGCAGGGCGUCCACGUAAUUGUAACCGCCACCCAACUAACUAAACUAAACUAGUGCUUUCUUUUCUUUUCUUUCUUUCUUGCAGUUGAGUUGGGGUGCUACGCACUAGCUACUCAAGUGCAUGAGCUAGCUCAAACAAUCGAUCGAUGGCGAUGAAGGCGGUGAUCAAGGGCGGCGAUGGCGGAGGCGGGUGCAUGGUGGUGGUGGCGCACGUGCUAGCGGUGGCGGCGACGGCGAUGGUGUUGGUGUGGUGCGUUCACUUCCGCGGCGGACUCGCCCUGCGCUCCCACAACAAGCAGCUCAUCUUCAACACCCACCCGGUGCUCAUGGUGCUUGGCCUCGUCGUCCUCGCCGCCGAGGCCAUCCUCUCCUACCGCUCCCUCUCCAUCAUCGUCAGCAGCAGGGACGCCAGAAAGAAGGUGCACCUGGGGCUGCACGCCGUGGGGCUCGCCCUCGGCGGCGUCGGCAUCUACGCGGUGUUCAAGUACCACGCCGAGGCCGACAUCCCCAACCUCUACUCCCUCCACUCCUGGAUCGGCAUCGCCACCAUCUCCCUCUACGCGCUCCACUGGCUCCUCGCCUUCCUCACCUUCUUCUUCCCCGGCGCCUCCCACGACACCAGGCGCUCCGCCGUCCCGUGGCACGCGCUCCUCGGCCUCCUCGUCUUCGCGCUCGCCGUGGGCAACGCCCAGCUCGGCUUCCUCGAGAAGCUCACCUUCCUGCAGGCCCCGCCGCUGCGCCUGUCCAGGUACGGGGCGGAGGCGCUACUCGUCAACUUCACGGCGCUGGUGGUCCUCCUCCUCGGCGUCGCCGUCGUCCUCGCCACCGCCAACGUCGACUCCACUAAAUACACCGCCAUGUAAUUCCAUUUUAUUAUACAUAUAUUUCAUCAUCUUUUCUUUAUUAUUACUCUACAUAUAAUCGAUCGAUCUAGCUACACACCCGUAGUACGCAGUGUCGUACCAUAUAUACAUGCAUCGCGCUGAGUGUGUGCGCGCGCGCACGUGUCAUGUGGCUUUGUGUAAUUAAUUAAUUAUUAUUAUUCCUCAAUUCCAUCGUGCAUCUUUAAUUACCAUGCAUGUAUAUAUAUAUCUGGCCGAGUGUAAAUACUAUGUAUGUAUGUAUGUAUGUAUGUAUGUAUGUAUGUAUGUAUGUAUGUAUGGAUACACACUUACGUACUCAUCUGUAAAAUACAUAAUAUAUUGCGUCUCAUCUGUGUACGUAUAUAUAGCAAA